CCAUUACUUCGACCUCUGCCGCCACCGCUGCCGCAGCCGCCUCUCGGGAAGCCUCUUUGCCUCCGCAGAGAGGAAGAGGGAGAGGAGCCCACGUCACCUGUCACCCAGUAUCUCCAGCCGCGCGGUCCCGAAGAGUGUAAGAUGUUCGCCUGCGCCAAGCUCGCCUGCACGCCCGCUCUGAUCCGAGCUGGAUCCAGAGUUGCAUACAGACCAAUUUCUGCAUCAGUGUUAUCUCGACCAGAGGCUAGGACUGGAGAGGGCUCUACGGUAUUUAAUGGGGCCCAGAAUGGUGUGUCUCAGCUAAUCCAAAGGGAGUUUCAGACCAGUGCAAUCAGCAGAGACAUUGAUACUGCUGCCAAAUUUAUUGGUGCAGGUGCUGCAACAGUAGGAGUGGCUGGUUCUGGUGCUGGUAUUGGAACAGUCUUUGGCAGCCUUAUCAUUGGUUAUGCCAGAAACCCUUCGCUGAAGCAGCAGCUGUUCUCAUAUGCUAUCCUGGGAUUUGCCUUGUCUGAAGCUAUGGGUCUCUUUUGUUUGAUGGUUGCUUUCUUGAUUUUGUUUGCCAUGUAACAAAUUACUGCUUGACAUGUUGGCAUUCUUAUUAAUUACGGAUGUAAUUCUGUGUAUCUUACUGUGACUCCGAAAACUGUAGUAUUGGUGUCAUGGAAAUGUACGUUAUUUCCAAAGUCAUUUCAUUAAAGAUGAAAACUUUAAUUUCUUCUGUGAUUUGUACUUACACUAAGGUUAGAUUAUCACAAAGAAGAAUGUGCAUUCAGACAGAUGCUGUCCAAUUCAGAGGAAGCUACAGCUGAAAAUAUCCCAAUGUGAUUUUUAUCGGAAUUCUUUUAUAUAGUGUUCUGCAUAUUGGAAUUCAUAGGGCUUUUGUUUAUUCAUAUAAAGGAUAAAUAUUCGGGUGUUUUGAGCUUCUAUAAAAUAUGAUUAAUUAAAGAUAGUUAAUACUCAA